AUGCCGAUCAAGCCGUUCAAAGGUUUCGCUCGGCGGAAAUCGUCAGGAAACGCUCUCGAGGAGGUGGAAAACCCCCCUCAGUCGUCAUUUCGAGUCUUUGAGCGUCCUUCUACUGGAAGGAAAUCCCUCAGCGAUGGUAAUCUCUUAAGCGGCAGGACCGGGGAUGGAUCCCAUUCAUAUUCUCCACCGGAAGACGACAACAUUUUUGCUGGGUCUCAUGGCCCUGCGUAUAGAGACCUUACUGGAGGUCACUCGUUUGAGGGCCCAACAACAGCACUUCGUAUGAACUCAUCAAAUCGUCGCUCUACCGACCUACAGACCCAUUUUGAUUCCCAACCCCCGCCAUCCAAAAGCCCUCACGAUAUUUCCGUGCCGCCUCUCUCAAGUGCACUGCGUGCAGCUGGUCGAACGUUCUCUUUUGGUGGAAGAUUCUCGAAAACACCUGCACAAGCUCCACAACGACCACCAUCGCCGGAGACAGCAACCACGAAUAGCACAACGAGCACAGCAACGCCACCAAAACUUUUGGCUACCGAGUUCCAAAUUGGCCGAAUGGACGACAAUUUUGGGAAUAUGUUUGACGGUAUUGGCAAACAUGAUGCGCAGGAAUCGACACAGAACUCCAGCUCCAAUUCUCAUCCCACGCACUCGAAUAAAGAGGAAAGGUCACCGCGACCCCCGCCCAUAAGCACGGAUCGCUCGAAGGAGAUUGAUCCUUCCCCCUACUCAUGGGGUAGCCGGCACUCGGAGGAGGGUCUUUUAGGCGCUGCCGACUCACCGCAGGAUGAUACCUCUGCAUUCCAAUCCAACUACUCGGACUCGACUAUGAUCCCACCUCCCCUGGGGGCGCGAAGAAAGUCGUCGCCGAUGAUCAACGACGUGCAUGCCAAUACCACAUCCCAUCGUUCUUUAGAGAAGCCAAAAAUGGCGACUGAUAAAGGUUUGCGGAGGAGCAUCUUGUUUUCUACCAAACGGGAUACGAGUGCUAUUGACGACGAAGAUGCCAAGCUGGUUACGGCAUCGCUCACCUCGAAUAAGAGAGCCUCCCAGGCUCAUACUUUGAACUCGGUGGACUCUGAAGCAGAUGAUGAUGUUCCUUUGUUCGGUCACGGGAAUACAACCAAGACCACGUCUGAUGGAAUCAGAUUUUCACCCAGCUCUGACCAAACCGACGACAAUGUUGAUGCAUCAAUUGCAGCUCAUGCACGGCUAGCCGUGGAAUACGAAAAUAGACCUCCACCGCCUCCGUCAUCUAAUAAGAUCAUGACACCGUCCCAAUUUGAACACUAUCGGCAGCAGCAGGAACUGAAGAGAGCAAACACUGACAAUGCGUCCGACAGCGAAGACUCUGCAGGAAGUGAUUUUGACGACGAGGAUGAAGCAGAGAAAAAUCGUGAGACUGAGAGGCAACGUCGAAAACAGGAGGCUCACCUAUCUGUAUAUCGGCAACAAAUGAUGAAGGUAACCGGACAGCAGUCUCCCUCUCCCUCCCUUCGCCCAGAAGAUCGAGCCAACAGCAGCACGCCGAACUUGACGAAUUUUCCGGUCCACCCGGCUACCCAAGCUGGGAGUGGGAAAAGUAGUGAGGAGGAGGAUGAUGAAGAGAUUCCACUCGGCAUAUUGGCGGCCCACGGAUUUCCCAGCCGAAAUCGUCCACCAAGCCGAUUGAUGUCAUCUAACUCCAUGCAGAAUUUACGUGCGUCAUAUCAUCAGCCACACCUAGGGUCUGCAGGCUCGGAGGUCGGAGGUGGUAAUCGAGUCGGUUUGCCUCCUUUCGCCAGAAACCUUCCAAGGGAUCCCUAUUAUGGCGCUGGUCUAGUCACACCAUCAAACAGGGAAUCUCUAGCUCUAGGAGGAGGGGGCUCGGUGUAUGGGGGCCCGUCUGCCGCCGCAGGCUCCUCUUCUGCCCUACCUCCAGGUGGAUUGGUUGGCGUCAUCGCCACCGAAGAGCGAGCCAGAGCGAUGAGGCGCGGAAGUCCGAACACUCAAGCAAUGUAUGAACAACAGCCCGGCCUUCCGGGGCCAAUGGGGAACCCAGGUGGCAUUCCCAGACCUCAUACGAUGCUUGGUAUGAACAUAGCCAACGCACCUAAUCUCCAGCCAUCCGCGACGGAGCAGGCUCAGAUUCAGUUGUCCCAACAGAUGAGUAGCAUGAUGCAGAUGCAGAUGCAGUGGAUGCAGCAGAUGCUUCAAAUGCAGGGAGGGCAGGCCCCUCCCCAACAGCUCGCAUCCCCUAAUUUCCCGAUUCCCUUCACCCCGGAAGCAGACGGUGGGAGACCGUCCUCGAUGCCAGCAGCCGGUGGGGCAUUUAAUAAUGCGCCUUCGGGCUAUGGAGGGAAUCAAAGGACCUUGAGCAUGCUCGACCCAAAUGUCUCCUCGAGGUUAAAUAGUCCGGCUGGUCCAUUUGUCUCUGGGGGUAUUAGACCAGGCACUCCGGGUGGGGCUGGGUAUGCUCCGUCGCUUGCGCCAUCGGAGCGCAGCAAUGUCGGAUUAGCACCCCGAUACAGGCCGGUUUCUACGCUGCCAGCCGAAGCUGAGUCAACUAGCUUCCUCCCUCCGUCCAAGCCAUGGAACGAUGAAAACCGCAGAGCCACUUACCUAGCCCCUUCUGCGAAUACAACCCCGUCGAGCUCAACUAUACGUCCGGUAUCCAGCUACAGCAGGACGCUCACGGCCCCCUCUAAGCUCAAUAGCAACGCUCAACCUGAUGAAGAAGACGAUGACGAGGGGUGGGCGGAAAUGAUGAAGAAACGAGAGAAGAAACGAAGCAACUGGAAAGUAAAAAAGGAGACGUCGAGCUUUGGAGAAGAUUUAUUGAGUGCGGUACAUUAA